AUCACUGCAUCUGUACACUUGUGUCGCAUCCACCUUUCCACGAAGUCUUCGACUGACGCAAUUGACUCGGAUAAGGUUGAUCUAGUCGCCGGGAUUCUCGGCCACGUCACACGAGGACCUGGCUGGGACGUUCCUGAGGCCUGGUACUACUUGACUAAGGCAUACGGGCUACAGCACUGCAAGGACAAGGAACGGGAAAGUCUAGCGACAGCUUUGGCGUUGAGUGAUCGCAGGAGUAGUAAUGAUAUCGGGCGGGCUGUGGGUUGGUGUUUGUGA